AUGCGGAAUGCGAGGAUUGAGCCCGACGUGAUCAGCUACAGCUCUGGGAUCAGCGCGUGCGAGAAGGGCGAGCAGUGGCAGCGGGCUCUGGGGCUGCUGAGCGAGAUGUGCGAGGCGAAGCUGAAGCCCAACGUCAUCCUCAGCUACAGCGCUGCGAUCAGCGCGUGCGGGAAGAGCGAGCAGUGGCAGCAUGCUUUGGCGUUGGUCGGCGAAAUGUGUGAGAUGACGUUGGAGCCCGACGUCAUCAGCUACAGUGCUGCGAUCAGCGCGUGCGAAAAGGGCGAGCAGUGGCGGCUGGCCCUGUCACUGCUCAGCGGGAUGUCGGAGGCAACGGUUGAGCUCAAUACCAUCACUUGCAAUGCAGUGAUCAGUGCAUGUGAAAAAUGUAAGCAGUGGCAGCAGGCCCUGUCACUGCUCAUCGCGAUACAUGAUGCGAAAUUGGAACCCGACGUGAUCAGCUACAGUGCUGCGAUCAGCGCGUGCGAGAAGGGCGAGCAGUGGCAGCGGGCCCUCUCGCUGCUCAGCGAGAUGUGGUCGGCGAAGCUGAAGCCAAACGUCAUCAGCUACAACGCUGUGAUAAGCGCAUGCGGAAAUGGCGAGCAGUGGCAACGUGCCGUAGCUUUGUUUAGUGAAAUGGCAGCGGCGAAGUUGGGGGCCGACGUCAUCAGCUACAGUGCCGGGAUCACCGCGUGCGAAAAAGGCAAGCAGUGGCAGCGAGCUCUUGUGCUACUUGGCGAGAUGUGGGAGGCGAAAUUGGAGCUACGCGUCAUCUAUAUCUACAACGCUGCGAUCAGCGCAUGCGAGAAAAGCGAGCAGUGGCAGCAGGCUUUGAUGUUGCUCGACGAGAUGCGGGAGGCGAAUGUGCACCCCAAUGUUAUCAGCUUCAACGCUGGGAUCAGCGCGUGCGAGACUCAGUGGCAGCAGGCUUUGUCGCUGCUCAGCGUGAUGAGGGAGGCGAAUGUGGUACCCGACUCAGCUACAGCGCUGCGAUCAGCGCGUGCGAGAAGGACCGGCAGUGGCAGCGAGCUCUGGCACUACUUAGCGAGAUGCUGGAGGCGAAGCUGGAGCCCGACGUCAUCACUACAAUGGUGCGAUCAGCGCGUGCGAGAAGGGCGAGGAGUGGCAGUGGGCCUUGGAACUGGUCAGCGGGAUAUUGGAGGCGAAGAUGGAGCCCAACGUCAUCAGCUACAAUAUGUUGGUCAGCGGGUGCGAGAAGGCUAG